CCUCUACUCAGCCUGAAUCCUCUACUCAGCCUGAUGCCUGUACUCAGCCUGAUGCCUCUACGCAGCCUGAUGCCUCUCUUCAGCCUGAUGCCUCUACUCAGCCUGAAGCCUCUACUCAGCCUGAAGCCUCUACUCAGCCUGAUGCCUUUACUCAGCCUGAUGCCUGUACUCAGCCUGAUGCCUGUACGCAGCCUGAUGCCUGUACGCAGCCUGAUGCCUCUACUCAGCCUGAUGCCUCUACUCAGCCUGAUGCCUCUACUCAGCCUGAUGCCUCUACUCAGCCGGAUGCCUGCAUUCAGCCUGAUGCCUCUACCCAGCGAUCCUAUUAGGCCAGUUGACUUGAUGCCCGCUGUUGAUCCA